UGUAUAUGCUACAUGUCUCUCUCUUUCUUGAUCUGUGUGCUAGAGAGACAGAUUGGUUUGUCGCCGCUGGCUAACAUCUGCACCGUUAGUCACUGAAAGGAAUAGAUGACCCGACCUUGUAGCCUAUCCCAUGCUCGACCAUAGCGUGCCGCGAUUCUCUUGUGCACAGCUGCCAUUACUGCACUGUUUUUCUUGCCGUCCUCUGCAAAGUACUUACUUAUGUUUUCCACACAAAGUCUGGCCACUGCUAUUUUUGGUAUUUUACUGAGCUGAGUCACUUUGGACGUAACAUGCCACAGCUGUGCUCCAAGUCCAGAUGUCUUGAUUUGGUCCGACCCAUCCUUGCACUCCGUCUUUCCAUACGAAGUUGUCUGCUUCUGUCUCGGGGUCCGCCGUGUAUAAUCCCAGCUGUGUUGCCCUUCCAUCCACUAACAGUGUUUGACCUUUGACCUGAACCCAGCAUCUGGGCUUUGUGGUCAUGUCUAGCCCCAGCAGUAGUCCAGAGAGAGAGGGAGGGGUCAUGGGAUCAGUUCAGCUGGAGAACCUUGGGUCUCCAGCAGGUCCGGAGACCGACCCACUCUCCGUUGGCAGCCCGGUGCUGAGCCCAGACUCAAGUUCCCAUGAUGCUGCUCUCUCUGCACCAGCAGUCUCGCCUGCUGACUCUGAGAAUCUCAGUCCAGAUGAGUUGGAGCUGCUGGCGAAAUUGGAGGAACAGAAUAGGCUCCUGGAGGCUGAUUCCAAGUCCAUGCGCUCUAUGAGCGGCUCACGUAGGAACAGCGGCUCCUCGCUGGUGUCCAGCUCGUCUGCCUCGUCCAACCUCUCACACCUGGAGGAGGACACCUGGAUCCUGUGGGGACGCAUCGUUAACGAGUGGGACGAAUGGAGACGCAAGAAAGACAAAUUGCUCAAGGAACUGAUCAGGAAGGGGAUCCCGCAUCACUUCCGGGCGAUCGUGUGGCAGCUGCUGGGCAACGCCACGGACAUGCCGGUGAAGAACCAAUACUCAGAGCUGCUGAAGAUGUCGUCACCCUGCGAAAAGCUCAUCCGCAGAGACAUCGCCCGUACAUACCCUGAGCACGAGUUCUUUAAGGGCCAGGACAGUCUGGGCCAGGAAGUCCUCUUCAAUGUCAUGAAGGCAUACUCCCUAGUGGAUCGUGAAGUAGGAUACUGUCAAGGCAGUGCCUUCAUCGUCGGGCUGCUACUCAUGCAGAUGCCAGAGGAGGAGGCAUUCUGCGUGUUUGUGCGUCUGAUGCAGGAGUACAGACUCCGAGAGCUCUUUAAACCGAGCAUGGCAGAGCUGGGUCUCUGCAUAUACCAGUUUGAAUUUCUGCUGCAGGAGCAGCUGCCGGAGUUGAACGUUCAUUUCCGCUCGCAGAGUUUCCACACCUCCAUGUACGCUUCAUCGUGGUUCCUCACACUCUUCCUCACCUUCCUGCCUCUGCCCAUCGCCACACGUAUUUUCGAUAUCUUCAUGUAUGAGGGUCUAGAGAUUAUAUUCCGAGUCGGAAUGGCCAUUUUACAGUACAACCAAACCGACCUCAUACAGCUGGACAUGGAGGGCAUGUCUCAGCACUUUCAGAAAGUGAUCCCUCACCAGUUUGACAGCUGCCCUGAUAAACUCAUCCUGCGAGCCUAUCAAAUUAAGUAUAACCCAAAGAAGAUGAAAAAAUUGGAAAAGGAGUAUACGACUAUCAAAAACAAAGAGAUGGAGGAGCAGAUUGAAAUUAAGCGACUACGCACAGAGAACCGCCUGUUAAAGCAGAGGAUUGAGACACUGGAGAAGGAGAGUGCCGCACUGGCAGACAGGUUGAUCCAGGGUCAGGUGACGAGAGCACAGGAAGCGGAGGAGAAUUACGUGAUCAAACGUGAAUUAGCAGUGGUGCGGCAACAGUGCACGACAGCCAGCGAAAGCCUGGAGAGAGCACAGGACACCAUACGGGAAUUGCAGCAACACACGUAUACAGAGCAGUUUGUGAACGGGCUGCAGGCUCAGCUCGAGCAGUCUCGCCUUCAGGAAGCAGAGCUCCUCGGCGCACUGAAGGAGAUGCAGGACAAAGUCCUGGACCUCGAGAAGAGGAGCAGCUCUCUGCCUGACGAGAUGAACGUACCGCAGCUCCAAGAAGAGCUUAAACAGGUCAAGCUGAGGGAGCUGGAGACGCUGCGCUCCUUUAGAGAGAUGCAGGAAGCGGUUACUGAACUCAACCAGCGCUGGCAGCACUACACAUCACGCGGUGGCCACUGGAAAGAGUCUCCGAAAAAAAACGCCCUUAAUGAAAUGCAGGACAAACUGAUGGGCAUGAGACUGAGAGAGGCUCACACACAGGCUGAGGUCAAAGAGGUCAAACUUAAAAACCUGCAGCUGGAGAGUCAGAAUCAGAUCUACAGCAAGGCCAUAACUCGACACGAGCAGGAGAGCACCGGCCUGCAGGAGAGACUGCAGAACGCUUUGUCACACAACAAGAGCCUGCAGAGUCAGCUCAACGAAAUGAAAAGGAAACAGGCCGAGUCAGACUGCAAGAGUAAAGAGGAGGUGAUGGCUGUGCGACUGAGGGAGGCAGACAGUAUGGCAGCCAUGGCUGAACUCCGGCAAAAAAUAGCUGAACUAGAAUUGCAAAAAGAGGAAGGGUUGAUUCAGGGUCAACUGAAUCAUUCUGACUCCAGGCAGUACAUCGUUCAAUUAAGGGAACAGAUUGCUGAGCUCAAGAAUGAGAUAAGGCGGCUACGUGGUCAGCCUUCCAAGUUUCAAAACUCUGGUGGUGGAGCCUAUCAGGACCUGUGUCUGGCCAGCCCAGUUUCUGCAGAGGGAGACUACCUGAGUUCAGACGAUGAUCUCCUGCAGAGCCCGCUCCCUGGCACCGCGCUGUAUUCUCACCACACCUCGGCUCAUCUGGACAGCGAGGGCAGCACUGAGAGCGAAGGGGACGAGAGGAAUGAACCUCACGCCAACAACCCAUGUCAGGACAUCGCGCCCACCCAGAAGCAGCUUUACCCAGACAUGGUGUACACCGAGGCCCCGGAGAACUGAUGAGAAGGAGGGUGGUGGGUAGCGGAGCAGAGAGGGCAGAAGUGUUCAGAGGCAUGGGAAGGAGAUCGUCGGCGCAGAGCGAUGCCGAAUGACGGAGAAUGAGUACACAUGACAUUUACACGAUAACACACUUGCAAGAGGACAAGUUGAGGUUGAGAAGGAAGACUGCAUGUAUAUACAGAACAGACUGGCACAGAUGUCAUUCUUCCUUCCCUUCCUGUUUCUCCAUUCUUCCAUCACUCCUCCAUUCCUCUUGUGCAGGACUGGUUCUGAGACCUUCACUAACACCGAUCAGCAUCAGCUGUAGACGCACACACUCACGUAAUAUACAUGCACACAAACACACCUCCAGGGCCCUAUUUUUAUGACAGUGAUACAGAAACAAAAGUAACACAUCCUACUUUUAUUACAGUAACUCAGGCGGUUUUGAAAAGGGUGGCUGCGUGUUCAUUUUUUAUUUUUAUUUUUUUUAAAGCAAGUGCGUGCAGUGGGGUUUUCACAAUCUCAUUAAGCAUAGUUAGUCUUAUUGAGAUGGUGUUUAACAUUUCAUUGUACUAUUGUAUUAAUUAUGUAAUGUUUUUUUGUUUAAGUAACAUUUCAGCUGGAUGAGUUACAUUUCAAAGCCACAUCUGAGGAGACUGUGUUAUUAAUGUAGGUGGCACGUGGUAACUAUCUACGAAAGUGGGUUUUAACAUUUUAGCUUAAGCUACUUUCUUGACAUUUGUGAAAAGAAAAUGGUAUUUUUUCGUAGUAGUACUGCUGCACACGGUUUUUUGCGAUUAUCAAAAACUGAUCAGGUACAACAGGAAAAAAAAAGGCUUCUGUGUAACCAUCAAGUUCCAAAAAUAGGGCCCUGUUAUCAUUACCAUAAAUUCAAGCUUGAGAUUUAUCCCUUGAUCAUUCUUUUUCCUAAAUCGACUCGACUACCCGCAAAAGCGAAGAUUUUAACUGCACCACCACACUGAAUCUGUAGCAUCAGUUUUCUGGGAGGUUUUUAUGGACGAUAUGAGUCACUACCUAUGCCUGAGGUAGGAGUGCAGAGAAACGGUGGAAGCACGGUAAAGCUACACAAGGUUAGAAGGAUUAUAUACAUUGCACACAUUCUUGUUUGUACAGCGGUUCUCUUUCUCUCCGCAGGAGCGCACUUUCGACAUAUCUUGAAACACACUUCAAUCACUUUAUUAGAAGGAAGGGAAAAAUACAAACAGAAGCUUGACAUACACGUUCGUUGUAUGUUAGAAUGUUAAUAGAUGUUAAUAGACGUGUAGCUGAAAAAUAAUAACAGUUAUCUACUGUAGCUAAUCUGUGUUUGUAUGUGUCUCGAUGCAAAAACAAGGGAUUUUUUUUUUUGUUGAGAAGUUCAUUUCGUUGUUGAAAAAGAACACCAAGCUACAAAAACAAUAUCUCGAACUUGCCAAAUUUUGCAUUAUUUACAUUUUUUUAUUUACGUUUUUUUAUACAUGUAAUGAAACCAACAAAUAUAAUUACUCCUUGAAACUUUAAUUUUGUCCUAUGUGCCAAAUUGUAAAAGUUGCAACAUAAUGGCGUCGUCAUGAAAUGAGAAAAUCUCUAACACAUGCUGCUAGUGUGUAGUGUUUUUUUUUUUCUUUUCUUUUUAAAUUUUUUUAAUAUAUCUUUUCUUAGAUAUUUCUUACGGUUUUUCAUAUGCGCACAUUUUCUAACAGUCCGAAUUCCAUAUGUCAGCGUGUUAUGGCAUGCUGUGUGAAUACUUGAGGGUUAUUUGAAUUUAACGUUUUAUAUAAUGUUAAUGUUAAAUUCCCAAGGUAAAGCAAGUCAUGCUCCUUCCUUUAGUGUAAAAUAUACCAAGAAAAUCUUUCGAUUUUUGAUUUGGCCAAAAUUCCAAAUAUAUAUAUAUAUAAAAUUUUAAUCAUGAACAUUAUUAAUCGAUAAAUUAGUAAUAGUAUCUUGUUAGAUGUGUUCUGAACAUUUCUCAGAACAUUGAGGUCUUGGUUGUGUAAAAUCAGGCCACAGCGACCAUGUUUCUCAUCAUGUCGACAGGUUGAUGCUUGUGGCGUUUUCUUCUUCAUUUUUUCUUGAGUACUCGUACAGAUUCUAUGGGAAUUUCUCUCGAUAAUAUGGUUGUCUGUGAUUUCACCUGAUUUCAGCCCUGCCUUAUUCAAAUAUAUUUAUAAAUGUACUAAACUCAUCCCAUGCUUGAACCAGAUGUGGAUGUUUAUGGUGUAGAAUUAAGGACGGAUGCCUAAAUAGGUCAAAGUUUUUUCUGUAAACAAAACUUCAUUUUUUAAGACAUAUAUAUGUGAGGUAUGUUACAAGAGUGAUGUGAGAGAUGUAUUUAAUGUAUACUAUAUAAAGCAAACAAACCAUUACGUCUGUUGUCAAAGAGCAGCAUGUCUGUUUGUGAGCAGUAGAUGUUUGACUUCUGUUCUGACGAAGGUACGGGGUUUUUUAUAUGGGCGUGCUGAUCGACAAGCAGUCAGCGUAAUAUCGUUAUUCUGUAUGAUCGUUCAUGUUUUCAUUAUUUCACUCUUUAAACAACUUAUUUCUGCUUUCAUAUCCACUAUGAGACAGUGUUCUGCAGAUUUAGGGAGGCUGAGAUAAAAAAAAUGUUCGUACACUAUGAACCGUGAGCAUAUGGAUUUUGGACGGAACGAUUCUUUAUUUUGUAUGAUGAAUGCACGUGAAUGGAAAAAGAGAAAUUUUCAAAAGAAAAAGAAUUUCCAGUAUUACUAAAAACCAACCAAUAUUUUGAGUCAAGCUGGUAGGACUGGGACUGAUGUUACAUAUCAAUAUCAACUCCCACCGUGUUGGUGUAUGGAGCUUAAUGUAGCAUUUUUCUGAAAUUUUCGCAGGAAGUUGGGCUCAUAUCUUGGUCUUCUUACAUCAUGUGCAACUGUUUUGUGGUUGAUGUUUGCCUUCCAGAGAAUGUUGACCAAUCUGUGUGUGUGUGUGUGUGUGUGUGUGUGUGUGUGUGUGUGUGAGAGAGAGAAAGGGAGAGAGAGAAUGAGAGAGAGAUCGUUGUUUGGAUGGAUAAACACAAAAUAUGCCAAUUGGAAUAAUUGUCAUGAACAAAUAAGCUGUUGAUUUUUUUAGCCCGAACUCUAAUAAGUGUGUACUUCAAAUGACCAUGUACAUGUAUAUCAUUUACAGUGUCAGUCGAUGACUAUUUCCAUGGUGCUCAAAAGUGUGCAUUUCUCAAAAUAUUCAACUUUGGUUCACCUGCCAUCACUGUGAUGCUGGAAGAAUCUUUCCACUGUUGUUUACAUAUAUUUAUGUUUGUUUCAUUGCCUUUAAUUUAUUUGCCGUCAUGGAUUCAGUGAAUCAUGGUUGAACUUGCGUGAGGUUUCUAAAACCCCUGUUUGGUGCCAUAAAACCCAUUCCAUCAGAAGAGACUUAUUGCAUAUUUACGUCAUAUGUACAUGUACAAACCUUUUCGAUGGUUUCUAAUUUAAAAUGCUUGCAACAUGGGUGCCACCAAAGACUGCUAACUAUUGCUGUUAAUGAUGACGUGAAAUGGCAAGAACGUAGAGUCUGCCCUUUGUGCCCUCAGUUUUCUUACAUUUGAAAUGUUUGUAUGGUGUCAUGUGACAAAGUGUGGAAGCCACCAAAGUGGCUUGUAACGGCCAAUGUGAGUUCCUUCCCCUGUUACUUACCUUCAUGCCCUCCUUUCUGACUUCGGUAGUAUUAAAAAAACAAACAAACAAAAAAAAAAAAAACAAGUUUGGGUCUCUUUUAUGCUCCCCAAAGCCGAUCCAUUAGCUCUUGAGGUUCUACAGAUGUCUCGUCAAAUAUUAUAUAAAUUACAUUCAUAAAACAAAUAUAAUAAUAAAAAAUAGUAUUUAAUGAUGACUCUGUGUUCUGUACUUGAUGAAUGAUAUC